AGCAGCUAUGAACUCCCCAGGAAUGUUGGGCUACGGUUCAGUCGUCUUCCUCAAUCGCUCCGCGGCAAGACUCAGAUCGUGUAUGCGUUAGUUUAAAUCUCGUCGCUUCUCGGUCAGGACUCAGUCUGUAUAAGCUCUUGGCAAACAUGCUCCGUACAAUUUGUUUGUUCCUCUUUGGGUUGUCAGUUGUAGCUGCACAAAGAAGAUUAGCAUUACCAGAUCCACGCAGUUGUUCAAGCAGAAUCAAGCAUGCUACCUACCGUGAUGCCAGGGGAGUUUCACAUUCAUACUUUUUCAGUUGGGAGCACGCGCCAACCAAAAGUUUGGAAGUUGACUGGUUAGAUGCUAGAAACAUUUGUCGCAGACAUUGUAUGGACGCAGUAAGUUUGGAAACCCCACAAGAAAACGAAUUUGUUAAACAGAGAAUAGGAAGAGGAAACGUGAAAUAUAUUUGGACAUCUGGCAGAAAAUGUAAUUUUAAUGGAUGUGAUAGACCAGAUUUGAUACCAGCUAACGUUAAUGGAUGGUUCUGGUCUGGAUCUGGUGCUAAAAUUGGACCAACCACCCAACGUAAUUCAGGUGACUGGAGUAGUACUGGAGGAUUCGGACAAGCUCAACCUGACAACAGAGAAGCUCCUCAAGGUAACGACGAAUCUUGUUUGGCCGUUUUGAACAACUUUUACCAAGAUGGAGUUAAAUGGCACGAUGUCGCUUGUCAUCAUCUGAAACCAUUUGUUUGUGAGGACAGUGAUGAACUUUUGAACUUUGUUCGCUCUCGCAACCAAGGAAUUCGUCUUUAAUAGUAAUUAAUAAUUUGUUUAUUAAGUUAUCUUUGUUGAUUAUGUUAGUAAAACUCUCGUUACUUCUUAGUUGAGCGCAAACUAAAUAAAUCAGUUGUCGAAAGUGAACCCUAUAUAUAAUUAACGUACAAUUUUGUAAAGUAUAAAUGAUAUAUUUAUAAUACAUAUUUAUUAUGUUUAAGUUUAGUUAAUACAAAAAUAAAAUGUUUUUUUUAUAGAAA